AUAUAGGUAGACACACGUAGACACAUAUCUUUGCGUCCUCUCUCUGAUAUUUUCCUCUCUUUCUCCCUUCCAUUUCUCUCCCUCUAUUUAGUGGUGUUGGGUUCUUUUUUUCUUCAGAAAGGAAGUGUCUCUUCUUGUUCAGAACAAAAAAAAAAAAAAGCCAAAGAAAGGAGGGAGAGUAUAGAGACUCCAGUACAAAAGAGCAAAAAAAAAAAAAGAAAAAGAAAAAUCCGGAACCAAACAAUAAUUCUCUUACUUUUUAGUGUUUUUUUCUUUCUUUCUUCUUGUUAUGAGGCUUUCUUUGGGAAGAUAAGUUUCAUUUCCUUUCUUGGGGGUUUUCUUUAAAACCUUUUGUUUUUGCUUUUCCUUCUUGGAGUUCUUUUCCAGUCCGGUUUGUUCGGCCAUGGCCGGUAGCAAUGAAGUCAACCUCAAUGAAUCCAAGAGGGUUGUUCCAUUGAAUACAUGGGUCCUCAUUUCCAAUUUCAAGCUAGCUUACAAUCUACAACGCCGUCCUGAUGGAACCUUCAACCGAGAUUUAUCCGAGUUCCUUGACCGUAGAGUCCCUGCCAAUAUAAACCCUGUCGAUGGGGUUUUCUCCUUCGACCAUGUCGACGGUGCCACUGGUCUUCUAAACCGGGUUUAUCAGCCUUCUUCGUUGAAUGAGGCUCAAUGGGGCAUGGUAGACCUUGAGAAACCUUUGAGCACAACUGAAAUUAUUCCUGUCAUAGUGUUCUUCCAUGGUGGAAGCUUCACUCAUUCCUCCGCUAAUAGUGCUAUCUAUGACACCUUUUGUAGACGCCUCGUUAGCCUUUGUAAGGCCGUUGUGGUGUCUGUAAAUUAUCGCCGAUCGCCUGAACAUAGAUACCCUUGCGCGUACGAUGAUGGUUGGGCGGCUCUUAAGUGGGUUAAAUCAAGAACUUGGCUUCAAAGUGGGAAGGAUUCUAAUGUCCAUGUCUACUUGGCUGGUGAUAGUUCUGGUGGAAAUAUAGCUCACCAUGUAGCCGUGAGAGCGGCCGAAGCUGAUGUCGAGGUAUUAGGUAACAUUCUUCUUCAUCCGAUGUUUGGUGGGCAGAAAAGAACAGAAUCCGAAAAACGAUUGGAUGGGAAGUAUUUUGUCACGCUGCACGACCGCGACUGGUAUUGGAGAGCGUAUCUACCGGAAGGGGAAGAUAGAGACCAUCCAGCUUGUAAUCCAUUUGGUCCUCGGGGUCGAAGCCUCGAAGGGCUUAAGUUCCCCAAAAGUCUUGUUGUCGUGGCCGGUUUGGACCUCAUUCAAGAUUGGCAAUUGGCAUAUGUUGAAGGGCUUAAAAAAUCCGGGCAAGAGGUGAAACUUCUCUUCCUAGAGAAGGCUACGAUCGGGUUCUACUUCUUGCCGAACAACAAUCACUUCUAUUGCCUCAUGGAGGAGAUAAAGAACUUCGUCAACCCUAACUGUUAAUAGUCUCCACUUAACCGUAACUACAGUCAGCGUAUACAUAAAUCCUAAAUAUAAAGAUUUUGUUCCAUGUCCAAACAUUGUUUCUGGGUUUCAGACAAGCAAACCCUUUUGUCUGUUAGGCAUGGCAAUGGUGAAGUACUUGGAACUAUAGUGUUGUAAGGACAGUGAUUCUUUAAUGUUUCUUCAUAUUAUAACCAUAAAUGACCUAAUAAGUGGAUACUUGUUUACCAAGUUAAAA